CCAAGGACAAAUUUUCUCAUUUUACUCCUCACAAUGUGAAAUGUACUGUCCAGUUGUGCAUUAAAUAGAAGAAUAUCCAUAUUUUGUUCUGUUUUAAAAAUGUGCCUUAGUGACUGAACAUGUCUUGACUAACAGACAGGAAACUCAAUGAUAAUAUCUCCUUUCCUUUUUAACAGAACAACCCAGUCAUCAAGGCAGUAACCCGACCACACUGACGCUUACAUUCUCUGAGGAAACUCCCAUGUUGACUCUCAAUCAGAGUCCAGCCAUGUCAGAACAUCCAACCCACAUCAACACUCUCGUGCCAGUCAAUGGCCAGAUAGUUGCCAGACGAAAUGACCACGCAGAUCGCUGGCCGGCCAUCGUCCUCUACGCGAUCAUCAAGGAGGUGCCCUUGCAAAGGUGGAAGGAGUUCUUGCGUCUGCUUAAGGUGACUGACCAGCAGAUGGCACGAGUCGAGAUGGAGACUGGUUUCAGUCUCGGCUCCAUGGAGAAGCAGUACCAGAUGCUGAGGCUGUGGAGCCAGCACUCUUCCUCCAAACUCAGUGAUAUUUUCUCAGCCUUACACUACAUGGAAUUAUCCGGCUGUGCACAGAUGCUCCAGGAAAGCCUGGAACAGCUGCAGUGGACGCCUGACCAGAGACAGGCACUCACAGCCAUUUGAAUGGAGCAGUGUGGGACAACUGAGGCUGUACCUGGCGGCACAAGUGUAAUGCUAUCUAUAACAUGACUGGAAACAUAAAUUAUUCAGCCAUGGACGCUGGUGUGAAAGAUUAGACACUCGCUGGAAAGGACAUUACGAUCUGUAGCCAUAUAGUACAACCCUAGAAACCUGGAACAAUGUCGUAAAUAUCCCGUACUGAGUAAUGCAGACGUAGAUUAAAGCCAAAUAAAAACAUCUGAUAAACUGGAAUGUAAAAAAAGUGGACCCUUAUUUCAUGUUAAGACAGAAACCUAAAAUGUUGAAUGUAAACAGAUGAAAUAAUGGAUUCGUAGCAGUGCAAAAUGCAGUUUCGAACAUCAGGUUACUUCCUCAAGAGCAUCAUUAGCAUUUUUAGGAACCACAUAACACCUCUUAACACACUCAUAAUAUUCUUGUAGCCUACAGUAGGUGGAGACAGUAAAUAAAUAAAAAAAAUAUUGAGGGAAGUCCCCUUCCCUUAACUAAUGGCUGCUGCCAAAAGUUGUUUAGAACAAUGUAACCUCCAGUUUUUUGUGUGGUGCCUCUUAAAUGCCAACAAUGGAGGCUGCGGUUUUUACAGCAGUACUGCAAUGUACAUGUAUAAUUGGGAGGUGUUUGUGCUUAAAGGGUAACCAAGGAAGUUGCACUUCCUUAGUGUAGUGUACGUGAUUGUUUUACCUCCACAAGUCUGUGCUUGAGAUUUCUCUGUUUUUUUCCCCUUUUGACUUGUCAAAGGACAGACUUUUUCAGUCUGAAUCUUUAAACUGUGCGUGUGCGUGAUCACUCCGUGCACAUCUGGGAUGUUUGUGCAGCACAGCUGCAGACGUCUCCCUCGUUUAGUAUAACAACUCAGCCACUGAUUGUUAUUGUGCACUCUCGCAAAGGAAGAAAACUGAAAUCCCCAAAGGACGUCAGUUUUUCAGUUUCCUGCAACUAAAUGGUGUCAGUGUUCAGCAUGCUGGGUUUUUCCUCACCACACAUAUUCCAUUUGAACGGAUGGUUCUCACUUGUGGUGUUUGGGUAUCUCACUUUGAGAGGUUUUUUUGUGUGUCUAUGUGUGUGUGUCAUUAUACUUCAUUGACAGUAAAGGUCUUGGAUUUUCCCAUUUAAGAUGUUUAUUUAAGAAAGUUUUAAUGGGAAUGUAGGCCACUUUCCCUGAGAUAUAAAUAUUUGUAUAUGUUUUACAGGUUAAAGUAUAAUUGUUUUUUUUAUUUAUGAUCCAUUUGUAUGAAUAUUUGUGUGGUGCAGAAUAAACUGAAAGUGAAAAUCGUAAUG